AUGUCUACCCUUUGGACCGAACACCGCAACUCAGAGGGUCGUACCUAUUGGUAUAAUAAUGAUUCUAGGCAAAGCGUAUGGGAGAAGCCCGACGCGCUCAAAACACCGUUCGAAAGAGCACUAGCAAACACGCCAUGGAAAGAAUACGUUGCCAAUGGAAGGAAGUAUUGGUAUAAUACUGAAAACAAACAAUCUAAAUGGGACAUGCCUGAUGAACUCACGCAACUUGUUACCGAAGUUGAGAACAACAUUCCGAGCCCAGCCCGCCUAGAACCCAAGACAAAUGCUGCUGCUACAGGUACGUUUGGGAGCUCUGUCACCACCCAACAUGCCAUUGUGGGCACGACUCCGACUACAUUUGUGCCAGCUCAGGUGCCGCUUAGCAACGGAACAGCGACUGGGUCUGGGGCGCUCGGGUUUGUGCCGGCUACUCGGCCUUCGAUUUCAUUACCUAUCAGUACCACAAGCAGCCUUCCUAGCCGCCCAAACCUUCCACCGGAUCCCGUCAUCCCCCAAGGGGGAUUUGCAACUUCGGAGGAGGGCGAGAAAGCAUUCAUGCAUUUACUUCGAAAAGCUGGUGUUGACGCAACCUGGACAUGGGACCAGACCAUGCGAGCGAUUAUUACGGACCCGCUCUAUAAGUCACUCAAGAGCUUGGCUGAAAAGAAAGCGGCGUGGCAGAAGUAUGUUGAAGAUUUGAAAGCAAAAGAGGCAGAUGAAAAGGAGGCCAGGCUGCAACGGCUGCGACCCGCCUUCAAGAGUUUGUUGAGUGGCAGCAACAAUGUGUAUUAUUAUACAACAUUCCGGUCCGCUGAGAAGAUAUUCUUGGGCAAUCCCACUUGGUCCCAAGUCAAAUUGGAGGCAGAAAGACGCAUGCUGUUCGAAGAGUACGUUGGGGGAUUGAUGGAAAAGCAAACCGCUGCCACGCGAGAAAUGCGAACCCGUAAUAUCAGCAAAGUGGUCGCUUUACUGAAGGAGCUCGAUGUGAAUGUCACGACUCGUUGGCGAAACGCUCAGGCCCAGGUUUUGGCGUCAAAACAGUGGGCAGAAGAUGCAGAGCUCCGACAACUUGCCCCUCUCGACAUGCUCCUCGCAUUUGAGGACUACAGUCGUGUUCUUGAGCGUGACUACGAAGAAGUACACAGGAAACGUCAGAUAGAACGUACAAGAGACGAGCGCAAAGCAAGGGAGGAAUUCAGGGUAUUGCACCAUUCAACUAUGAUUUUGAUCCAGCUCAAAUACGUCAAGGAACUGCUGGAUGAACUUCAGCGAAGCGGUCUGAUCAAAGCGAAAAGCAAGUGGAAAACUGUUUAUCCAUAUCUGGAUGCCGAUCCUCGUUACUUAACGCUCCUCGGGACGCCUGGUUCAACGCCUCUUGAGUUAUUCUGGGAUGUUGCAGAUGAACUGUCCGUGAAGUUGGAUACCCUCGUCACGCCUGUUGAACGUGUGCUGGCGGAGCACGCAUUUGUCUUUGAUCACAAGACGUCCUCGGCCGAGUUCCACAGAUUCAUUAGCGAGGUGGUAUCCUUGGCUCACAUGCCACAGGCAGAGGAGAGUGAAAUUUACGAUCAUCUGAGGGAUCGAGCAUUGCGACGAUAUGCAGACGAGAAACGUCGCGCAGAAAGAAGGCUGAGACAUUUGCAGGACGACUUGAGAUACGCACUUAAGAAGCUGGAUCCUCCGCUCGACCUGGACUCUGCUUUUGAGGAUGCUGUGCCUCGCAUUGCCGAUUUGGAAGAGUAUAAGGUCUUGGCAGAUGAUGAGGGAAGGCGGGGUGCUUUUAUCAAAUUUGUCAAGCGUCAGAAGGAGAAACUCCGAGAGGUUUCGGAGGAUGGUGGAUCUGCAACUAGCAGAAAGCGAAAAGACAGUCAAUCAAAUGGACGGUCACGUCGCGAUUACGACCUGGAGCAUGAUCGCGAGCAGGAGAAGCCCUCAAAGACCUCUCAUCAUGACGGAGAACGGUAUAACUUUCGCCGCCAGCUCAGAGACCAUGAAAGAGACAAGCGACAUGAUAAGGACAAAGAACGAGAUGCAGACCGGGAGAGAGAACGGCCGCGCAACAGGGAGGAUGUAGACCAUGAAAAGGGUCAUCGCUCCAGGCAACGGGAGGAGCGGCGUUCGUCAAGACGUUCUGGUCGUGAUGAAGGGAAUGAGCGGGACCGAGAAUGGGAUGAAAGUCACCGAGGAGGUAACGCUGCAUCUAAGCGUGAGCGCGAGGGUCAUCAGGAAAGAGAUGGAAGGGAACGAGGAGAAUGGUCACACGAGAAGAGUCAUCGUGAGCUCUCCGAGGAGAGACCGCCGAAGAGACCUCGCGUUCAAGAUUCACCCUCGCAACAAUCGCCGAUAAGAGCAGAGACGCCUGAGGAAGGAGAAAUAUGA